UGUUUCAUUGGGUUCACGCGCGUCGGUCGUUUGGAAGCGUCUGUCCCCGAGGUUUGAGUUGCUCCCUCUCAUAAUUCUAGACUCUCUAUCGUGCCUGUCCGUUCCUUCGCGCGGAUCGCGUUCGAAUCGAUUCCGCCAAAAAAGGCGUCAUUGUAGCCGGCUUUAUAGCUUCUCCGCCACACUCUACAAGCAGGCGAUCAAAGGUUUUUGGAACAGGCCUUGACUUCCCGUACAACCGGCGAUUCCACCAGAAUAGGUGUCAUCGUUGCCUGCUUUUCAGCUUGUCCGCUACUCCGCUACACAUUUGGAACGUGGCUCGACUUCCCGUGUACAACCGCUACCGGUCUCGAUAGGCGUCUACCUUUCCGCCUUCUCUAUAUAGUAGCAGUCUUCCCGGGACGAGGCCUCUCGCGGAGCUCAGACGUCGGGCUAGGUUUUUUUUUUUCCGGUUUUUUUCUCUAUCUUUUCGUGUUCUCGUGUAGCCGCUUGCCUCCAUUGGUGUCCAAUCCGCCAUCGUAGCAUCAGCGGCGGCUUCGAGGAGACGGUUAGGCCUUGCGGCCGUGGGUAACCGUGAUUCGUGCUCCCGUUUCGUUUCCCGAGCAGACGGCUUUUUUUCUCGUCGAGUCGGUGAGCAGGCCGGAUUCACGAUGGCCGGCGGUCAGGACCAGAAGUGGCAGAAGGAUGCCGUGGAUCAGAACUUCGACUACAUGUUCAAGAUCCUCAUUAUCGGCAACAGCAGCGUGGGCAAGACGUCCUUCCUCUUCCGCUACGCGGACGACUCCUUCACCUCCGCCUUCGUCAGCACCGUGGGCAUAGACUUCAAGGUCAAGACCGUCUUCAGACACGACAAGAGGGUCAAGCUACAGAUAUGGGACACAGCGGGCCAGGAGCGGUACCGCACCAUCACGACAGCCUACUACAGGGGAGCCAUGGGGUUCAUCCUCAUGUACGACGUCACCAACGAGGAGUCCUUUAACAGUGUUCAAGACUGGGUGACGCAGAUCAAGACAUACUCGUGGGACAACGCCCAGGUGAUCCUGGUGGGCAACAAGUGCGACAUGGAGGACGAGCGGGUGGUGAGCACGGAGCGGGGCAAGCAGCUCGCCGACCAGCUCGGCCUCGAGUUCUUCGAGACAUCGGCCAAGGAGAACGUCAACGUCAAGGCCGUCUUCGAGCGCCUCGUGGACAUCAUUUGCGACAAAAUGAGCGAGAGCCUCGACUCGGACCCGGCCCUGCUGGGAGGCUCCAAGGGGACCCACCUCACGGACAACCCUGGCGCCCCGCCCAACGCCAGCUGCCAGUGCUAGGCGACCCCCCCCCCCAACCCCCCGCACCGGACGCGUCGUUCCUCCCAGUCGGUUCCCGGAUCUCUCUUGGUGGCUCCCCCCUGCGUCGACCCAUCGAGACGUCACAGCGGGGACGGCGCGCCGCAAAAGAUCGACCGUCCUCGGCAGACGGGAAGUCAAGGCGGGCAGGCGGGCCAGACUACGGGAUUUCGUCCGCCCGCAACGCCGCGAAUCGCCGUCUGCCGAGAACGAUGGCCCGGGUUCCGGCUCUGUCGCGACGUCAAGGACGAGGGAACGCGGGAGCGUGCCGCCGAGACGUCUCGCCGCCAGCCGUCGCACGAGGGUCAGGCUCGUCCGGCGCCUCCCACAAGGUCGCACCGCACUUUGCUCGGCGCGACUCGGUCGACGGUCUGGCAUUUUGGGCUGUAAUGUGGAACAGCGAGGUCUGUACGUCGCGCUCGUCCGAGAGUGGACGGCCGACGCCGCGUGAAAAGACGGAUCCGGGCUUUCACUGUUUCUCCGUAAACUUCGUUGGCCGUAGCAAGUUCUUCUUUCCCCGCGCGUUUAUUACGGACGGUGUUAAAGUAAAACCUAAACUUUUUGUUUCGUCGAGGUAUCGAGCGGUUCCGAAGCACGCCUCGUCGUUCCCGACGCCGAGCGGGUCAGCGGCAGGUUUUAACCGUACGUCGCCGACAAAGUCUGGAGAUCUCUCUCUCUGCCUUGUGACCUUAGUGUUUCACCGGUCAGCCGUUUCGCCUAGCGAACGUGAGGGCAAACCGUAAAGUCCGCCGUCCUCGUCAAAACCCGUUCGAUCCUUCCGUUUUUCUCCCCUUUCCUCAGCGAGCAAGAGCGCGAGCGAAACGUCUCGCGGAAGCUCGUCAGAAAACGUUCCGCGAGUGCAAACCAAAUUGGCGGCGGAAAGGUGCUCUUUUUGAGCACACCUUCGCGGCCAGUUUGUCACGAUUGGCCGCACCGUGACGUUGCUAGUCAGAGAUGGGGUACAAUCAGAGAUGGACAGCUCACACUGCCAGAAUGUCUUAGACGGAAAGAAACGUGCAGGGGCCAUCCGCUAUUUCGGCGCCGCAGGAGGAAACGCCAUUCCAUCGCUUUACGGUUGGGGCAACAUUCCGGCGAGAACGGCAAACUUUGAAAACCUCACGUUUGCGUUUUUCGUUUCUUCCAGAUUCGAGCGUUUCGCUCAUCUGUCAGCCACGUUUGUCGCACAAAGCCGCCGCUACCGCCGCCGCCGCUUGCGUCUUCUGUUCUCCCGCCCCACCACCUUCGCUUUCUUAUCAAGCUCGUUACCGGUUCUUAACAAGGCAACCGCCACAAAGGUUUGAGAGGGCGAGGCCGGGAAGCUUAACGGACUCCCCGCAUAUUUUUGGUUUUCUUUCCUCCUACGCGUCUCCGGCCGAUCGAUCGGCCAAUCCGAGCGUGUGCACACAGAAACACGAACACCUACACAUGCACACACACCGAAACCUACUGGGUGUGUCUGUAAAUUCCGGUUUGCCUGUGUAUAAAUGUGUACAUACUACGUGGAAAAACAAAAGGAGAAAAAAAAAAGUAGCUAGUGUCCGGACUUCGUGAAACGGAGACAGAGAAGGCAGGGGAAGAAAUGUGCAAUAAAGAAAAAAAAAUGCCCCCAGACGAAACGCCGCAAAUGCCGACGUAAACCGCGAGGGUGCGUCGAUUUCCGUGUGGUUUCUAUGGCCUUUCCCGAUCAAUUCCCAGCCUGUCCACGACUGCUCCUCCUCCGCUUAGAAGCGCGAUUCCGAUGAUUGCCCAAGACCACGGAUUGUGCGGGUUCUAGGCCUUGGGCAAGACUCCGAUGUGUGUUGCAGUGGUGCAUGUUUGUGUGCAUGCAAGUACCCCCGGUGUGCUGUAGAGAAAGAAAAAAAAAAAACUAAACUUGACAGCGUCGUAAGACUCUAGGAGCACACAUGUAAGAAUUUGUUGCCUUCCCCAAAAUCAGUUCACUUUAGUUACUGACAGGAUUAGAACGACAGAGAAGUCCCUUGGCUUUUCCUGAUGCCAGUGCGAGCUUCGAGAACGCUUUGGCGUCUUGAGUCUCCAGCAUGCAUGUGCAGCUGAAGCAGAGUGGAAGGCAAUGAGUGCAUGCCGGAAGGCCAGGCAUCCGAAAGAGACGCUCCGCCAUUCUAACCCUGCCAGUGACCGUAGCUGUAUCCUGGGAGGGAAAGGAAAAAGCUUUGCAUUGCGCGUCGAGCUGCUUGGCACGUGCUGGCCGUGCUUUGCGAGCCGGUUUGUUUGUUUCGGUAGCACCGUGUUCUUUGUUCCGUUUUGCAAGGUUGCUGCUCCAAGAGGGGAAAGAACUUGUGUAGCGUCAUUGUUGGGCGUGCUGCAUUCUCGAUCAAACCUCGAACGGCGGAGGGUAAUGUUCCGAUGCGUCGCAUUUAGAAAGCCUCGAGCAAUGCCUCCUCGCAUUUGCUGGGCCGGCUUCUUCCUGGAUCCAGAGUAUUUAUACACUUGUUUUCGUUUCUUUGUUUCCCAUUUACGUUUCCUGCGCUUUUCGCAUUUGCUAGUCACGGAAUGUUCCGCAGUCUUUUCGAAGCGAAGACGCUGUUCCAGUCGCUUUGUCGGCGCGAGACACGUUCGAAGCGCCCUAGUCGUUUUUUACGUUUUUCGACAUUCGAGGACGAAUCUUUACUUGUCCGCAUUCUUGUCGUUUCAAUGCAUUCUACAACAGGAAGGGGUGGGGGGGGGGGGGGGGGGGGGGGGAGCGUUCACUGCAGGUUUCCGUCUCGCGGUUUAAAAACGAGAUCUAUUUUUCGUAAUGCAGAGCGCCAUACCGCACUGGAACCUUCUACUUCGAAAUGUUGCGGUCUUAAGGGCCACGAGGUCGUCGUACCCUGCAUUCCAAGACUGGUUUUCGGUUGUGUGCAAGCAAGCAAAAGUAAUCCCACGUCACGUGUAGUAGUCGGAGGGUCACAUCCAAGACGAAGAUCCGCGCGUCUCGGCAGACUGCGCCGAGGCGAAACUAGCAAAAAAUGUAGACGGGGACGACCUGUGGGUAAAGACAUCUGUGGCCACGCGUGUUCCCGUACUCUGUGAGCCCCCCCCAACACGCGCAAGGUGUGUGUCUUUAUUCUCCCGUGUCUCUCCCUCUAGUCUGUAUACUGUGUGAAAGCAGAGUUCACAAACAUGCGGGCCCCCGUUUUUUUCGUCGUGUAAGGUAUGCUUGGGUGUGCUAGGAAGUAGUUGCAACACGAUCUCCCGGAGAGGAUAUAUAAGUAUAUAUAUAUAUAUAAAAAAAUAUUCCCUUCUCCCUCGACGAAGAGAAACCAAAUGUUUUCAGGACGAGAUCGUUCCCCUCUCCUUUGACGAAAAGGAUUCUGUUGUAACAAUUGUAAAAUUUUAGUUUUCAUGCUGUGGAGUAAAUAAAGCAACAAAAAACAAACGAA